AUGGCCUCGCAUUUGGAUCGAUGGGAGAAGGAUCCGUUCUUUCGUGCUGCCGAAGAAGUUCAGGAAUCUGCAGAUAGGAUGGAUUCCACGUAUAGAACAUUGAUUCAUGCAUCCAAAGAACCUUCGGUCUGGAAUUCAGACGUUGUUCGAAGAGAUUUACGAACCGCCAUUGGCACUACCAAAUGGCAGUUGGAGGAGUUCGAAAGGGCAGUUCUCUCAAGCUACAACAAAACUUCAACCGACAAUACAAAAGACAGGCAUCGUGACUUCAUUAAUGCAAUCGAGACUCAGAUUUCAAGAGUUGAAACUUCAUGGAACGAUUCAUUUUCUUCAACAGGGAAGCCACCACGCCCAUGGGUAAAACUUAAUGAGGUAGAAAGGAAAGAACUCGCACUAUUUCUCGCAGGAUCAGGAACACGCGGUAGUGAUGAACAACAACCUGCAAAAACUCGCCGGAAACAAAAAGCGGCGGCCGCGGCAGCUAAAGAAAAGAAAUUUUCCGGGCAUAGAAGAGCCGCGAGCGCCAGUGCCGACAUCGGGUCAUGGAAGAUCACAGUUGAUGACGAUGUUGGAAAAGGCGAAAAAGCCCCUCGAAAGAUCCCGAGUUUUUCUGGGCUUUUGAACACUUUAGAGUACACGGCUUCGAAAUUGAAGUGGCCCAAGAAUGGGUAUAGGAAAUUAAAGCAAGAAGUGGAUGUUGGGCCUUUGAUUCAAAUUCAUGACAUGAGUUGCCCCGAACAUUAUGAUGGUCAUCAUGAUAGAUGGCUUCAUAUGUGGUGUGGUGCAAUCCAACGACAACUUCAAAGGUUGCAGUAUUAUAUGUUGUAUAGUUGUCGCACCCAAACGAUUUUUUGGGUUGUUGUCAUUUGCUUACUUGCUUUACUUGUAUUACAUUCGAUCUAA